CUCAUCUGGAUUUGCUCCCAUGCAGAGAAGGAUUUUGGAGGAACCGAUGGAUUUACAGAGCCCGGACACUUGACAGAAUUAAUCUCAACCCGAGUGAUGGACAGUCAGAUGGCCAGAUAGCCCCGGCGCGGGCUACCCCAUAAGAAGUGAUGCAUCUCUUCCACUUCCCAUUGUUAGCAUGAGAACACAGCCUGGGUCCUACACAGAGGUACCGUUCCACAGAGACCCACCUCGCUGCCGCUAUAAGAAGGAAGGGGCUCUCUGAGGCACUGGAGAUGGCUGGAGGAUGCGACGCACUCAACAGCAGCCGUAGACCAUCAAACUUUUUCCCCUAGUGGUUUAAUUCCUCUCUGGGGGAAUCAUCUCUACGAGGCUGCCAGAAACCAGAAGAUUGGAGCCUUUCCUCCAGCAUUUUCAUAUUUCUGAGGAUGCCAACACUACUGCAAACUCAACUGUGACACGAGUUUUUCUUUAGAUUCUAUUUUUAGGGUUUGAGUUUCUAUACAUAUAUCUCUAUAUUUAUAUCUCUAUAGGUUUCUAUACGGCCAUAUCCACAGACACCCCAUCUUUCUUGCGCGCCGUGUGGCUGUGGAUAUAGCUUUCGAGAUACAACGAUUAAGCCAAAGAAUUUGUUGUAGGAUUCUCCUUGCAACAAGACUUUCUAGAGCAAUAAUUUUUUGUGCCCAGACAAACUACUCUCGGGAAGUUUUGUACGAGCCACUGCCCUGCAGCCAAAACAAUGAGACCUGUGGCAUUAAUUGUAGGGUUUAAGACAUUGUGGGUUUUGGCAUUUUCGUCUCUUUCCAACACUCUGGCGGUGAAUAACAGUGGGAGAUGGUGGGGCAUCAUCAACGUGGCCUCUUCCACCAACCUGCUGACGGACUCCAAGAACGUGCAGCUGGUGCUGGACCCCUCCCUGCAGCUGCUGAGCCGCAGGCAGCGGAAGCUGAUCCGCCAGAACCCCGGCGUCCUGCACAGCGUCAGCAGCGGCCUGCAGAGCGCCAUCCAGGAGUGCAAGUGGCAGUUCCGCAACCGCCGCUGGAACUGCCCCACCACCCAGGGGCCCCACGUCUUCGGCAAGAUCGUCAACCGGGGCUGUCGGGAGACGGCGUUCAUCUUCGCCAUCACCAGCGCCGGCGUCACCCACUCCGUGGCCCGGUCCUGCUCCGAGGGCUCCAUCGAGUCCUGCACAUGUGACUAUCGGCGCCGCGGCCCGGGGGGCCCCGACUGGCACUGGGGGGGCUGCAGCGACAACGUCGACUUCGGCCGGGUCUUCGGGCGCGAGUUCGUGGAUUCCAACGAGAAGGGGCGGGACCUGCGCUUCCUGAUGAACCUGCACAACAAUGAGGCGGGACGGAUGACGGUCUUCUCGGAGAUGCGGCAGGAGUGCAAGUGCCACGGCAUGUCGGGCUCCUGCACCGUCAAGACCUGUUGGAUGCGGCUCCCUACCUUCCGCACGGUGGGCGACUUCCUCAAGGACCGGUUCGACGGCGCCUCCCGCGUCAUCUACGGCAACAAGGGCAGCAACCGGGCCUCACGUGUGGAGGGGCCCCACCUGGAGCCCGAGAACCCGGCCCACAAGCCCCCCUCCCUGCACGACCUCGUCUACUUCGAGAAGUCGCCCAACUUCUGCACCUACAGCGGCAAGACGGGCAUGGCGGGCACGGCUGGGCGCUUCUGCAACAGCUCCUCCCCCGCCCUGGACGGCUGCGAGCUGCUGUGCUGCGGGCGGGGCUACCGCACGCGGACCCAGCGCGUCACCGAGCGCUGCAACUGCACCUUCCACUGGUGCUGCCACGUCAGCUGCUUGAACUGCACCAACACACAAGUGUUGCACGAGUGCUUGUGAGCCGGGGCCAGGCGGGAGGAGGGGGACAGAGGCAAAGACCUUCCCUGGGGGGGAUCAAAAUCAGGGCCCCACCCCCAUCCCGCCUAGCAAGGGCACCGCACCCAAGCAGCCGCCGCAAGCCGGAUUCUGCAGCCCCGUGACCCGGAGCCGCUGCUCUCAGUGGCAGACCCGGCCCCCGAGAAAGGCGAGGGCCUGGCAGAUGAGGGGAGGGGCCGUCCUCUCCAGACCUCUCCAAACUCUUCCAGGCCAGGACACCUGCAGGGGCGUCAGCGAUCACCCAGCGGUGACCCAAAGGGCCCUGUGGCAGCCCCCUCCCUGCCACCCCACAGGGUCUAUCCCUGGGCGCAUUUGGGCGAAAAGGCCUGGAUCAGCAGCCUGGAUCCCUCUCCCCGCCCCGCGUCCCGUGCCAACGCCCUUGCGGGAGGUGGGGGUGGGUCUCCACAGCCCAGCGCUGGCCUCUGUGCCGAGCCCCGGCCUGGGACCCCCACCCCACCUCCCCGCUGCUCAGUCACUCCCCGCCUUGGGCAGGAUUCGUCCAUCUGAUGCGACUAGCCUCCCCCCGCCGCUGGGCUGGCCAGGUCCAUGCCGCUCGUUAGCUUCUGGACUCGGCGCAUUGUGCCAGGAGCAGGGUAGAAAACGCUGGCCGGGCACCGUUCGCUGGGCUGGUGCGCGCGGUUGGGAGUUUGGUAUGUUACGUGCACUGAAGAAGUGGUCGGAAUCGCCAGUUUUGUUUUGUAAAUAAAAUAUUUAUUGUGAAUGGUUUUAUACCCCUUAGUGCCGGCCUGGCCUUGCCAACCGGUGGGUCUCCUAGACAAUCCCUCUCCUCUGCCUUCGACAAAGAUUCCCCCCCCUGGCCUUUUUGUUUCUAAUUCAAAGAAGAAGAAGAAUGCUUUGUCACGGAUCUCAUUCAUAGUGGGCUAGAGACAAAUAAAGGAUCUAUUUU